CUUCCAUCAUGAAAUAGCACCUCACUCUCUCCCUCACUCCGCAACCGCCGCCCCCUCCACUCCCGGACGUCGCGCCGCCGGGCAAUGGACAUUGACGACAUCCUCCGCCAGGUCGACCCCGCGUCCGACGGGAUCCCGCAGGGGACGCGCGACCUGCAGGCCCUGACGCGUCGCUGGGUCGCCGAGCGCUCGGCGCCCGAGCUCCUUCAAUGGCCCUCUGACGGCCUGUUCGAGCGCGUCUCGCAGCGCAUAAAGGACCAGAUUGAGCGGGUCGAGGACAUGACGGGCGACAUGGACCCCAAGACCAACUUUGCCCUCAUCGUCAUCCAGACAGAGCUCGAGCGCUACAAGUUUCUCAUGCGGAGCUACCUACGUGUCCGCAUGUCCAAGAUCGACAAGCACACGCUCCACUACCUCUCGUCGCAAGCCCUACGCGAGCGCCUCUCCGCCACGGAGCUCGCCUACGCGACGCGCCACCAGGCCCUGCUGCACAACCACUACCUGUCCUCCUUCCUCUCCUCCUUCCCGCCGCAGCUGCAGAACCUCAACGACACGGCCGGCAACGUCAGCAUGGUUGAUGGGCCCGACCUCGACGCCGCCGUCUUCAUCCGCCUGCUCCGCGCCCGCGACGUCCACGGCCGCGGCACCGACGUCGACAACACCCUGCCCGCCGAGCCCGGCGACGUGCUCAUCCUCCGGUGGUCCAGCGCGCGGGAUCUGGUCGAUGCGGGGGACGCCGAGCUGGUGUGAGCCAGCCCGCGGCCGGGAGGGGCUCACCCGAGCGAGGCGCGUGGGUAAUGGCUUUCUGAGCCGGGUUCAAAUGGGGCUCGAUCCGGAGACGGGCAUUGCGUCGACGAUGAUUAUCAUCAUGUGAGGGGAGUGCUUCAUACGUGGGCAGGGUCAUUGGAAACGGAGCAUCACGCAUGCCUGUGCAUGGGCUUCAAGGGGCAGCAGCAUGACGAUUCACGGCGUUAUCAACGGCGCAUGGACAAAACGGCUUGCAAAGCGUUGAAGACAUCGAUCACGACUACAAGCGCUUGACCUGCGUGGUGCGGCCUGGGGUUGCGCCUAGUGCCGCCUGGCAGGUCAAAAUGGCUCCAUAUAGAACGGCAUCAACGCUACGAUGAGUCUUCAUCGCAACAAAAAGAUGCAACAUGACUUCCAAUAGAGAUUUGAUUUUACCGG